AUGGCUGCUGCCUCCAAGCCCGUGGAUUCGGGUGCACUCUGGGGACUCGCGCGCCCGGAGCCCCCUCCCACCCGCUUCCAUCGGGUGCACGGUGCCAACAUCCGCGUGGACCCCUCUGGGACGCGGGCCACACGCGUGGAGAGCUUCGCCCACGGCGUGUGCUUCAGCCGCGAGCCGCUGGCCCCGGGCCAGGUCUUCCUGGUUGAGAUCGAGGAGAAAGAGCUGGGCUGGUGCGGACAUCUGCGUCUCGGUCUGACCGCGCUGGACCCCGCCAGUCUGGCCCCCGUUCCCGAGUUUUCUCUGCCCGACCUGGUCAACCUGGGCCACACCUGGGUAUUCGCCAUCACGCGCCACCACAACCGCGUGCCCCGGGAGGGCCGCCCGGAGGCGGAGGCAGCGGCCCCCAGACGACCUCCAACCCUCCUCGUGGAACCAUAUCUGCGCAUUGAGCAGUUUCGCAUUCCCCGGGACCGCCUGGUGGGCCGCAGCCGGCCAGGGCUCUACAGCCAUCUCUUGGACCAGCUCUAUGAGCUGAACGUGCUGCCUCCGACCGCGCGCCGUAGCCGCCUGGGCGUCCUCUUUUGCCCGCGCCCCGAUGGCACGGCCGACAUGCACAUCAUCAUCAACGGCGAGGACAUGGGCCCGAGCGCCCGGGGACUGCCAGCUGCGCAGCCCCUCUACGCGGUGGUGGACGUGUUUGCUUCCACAAAGAGCGUGCGCCUUGUCCAGCUCGAGUAUGGCUUGCCAUCCCUGCAGACUCUGUGCCGCCUAGUGAUACAAAGGAGCAUGGUGCACCGGCUGGCCAUUGAUGGGCUCCACCUGCCCAAAGAACUUAAGGAUUUCUGCAAGUAUGAGUGAAGACCCACAGUGCACCAGAGCACAGCUGCAUCCUGGGGCCCCAGACCUGUGGCUGGCUGGUCCGAAGUUGGCCACAUUGCUGCCAGCCAAGACCAGAAAUAAACAGCCGAUGCUGACAUCUUGA